AUGGGUAUCUUCGUCUCGCUUGACAGUCAGAAUGAGUAUUACGAGAAGAUCUACAUCAUCACUGGUAUACCACCACCACCACCACCACCACCACCACCACUCUCAUCCAAAGCUCAUCCAUCAAUCCAAUCAGAUCACAACACCGACAUCCCAACCCCCACCCCAACCAUCGCCACACCCCAACUCCAUAUCCCUAUCCGCAACCCUAACGCACCCGAGUCCUCGUCCGAGGUCCCAGAGCCCGAGCCUGAGUCGGAGGAAUUGAGGGUGUUGGACAUACCGGAUCCGUGGUUGUCGAUUACGAGCUUCGUUCCGUGA